AUGCCCAGCGACCAUAAUCCGGCAAUCAGCGACAGCCUUUUGGCAACAGGCAAUUUGGACGCCUCUCUCGGUGAAUUAGCUGAUCGUUUCACUGCUCUCGACCUACCACUGCCCCAGCACCUCGUAGCAGCUAUCCGCGCCAGAGCCAAACAAGCCCACGGGAUUUAUUUCUGCAGCAACUCUUCCAACAAAAGCUACGCGGGGCACGCGGACGCCCAAGAAUGUAUGCCAGAAGCACAAAUCGCCGAUUUCGUUCGGCGUAGCCAUCAAGAUCUUUUCGAGAGAUUGAAUCAGAUGCCAUUGGAGAGUAGCCACUUGGCAGGCGAUGAAGAGGAGGCCAUGGAAGACAUCAACAAGAGCGCCAUUUCGAAGAGCAGGAACGUGCCAUCGAUCACCAACGUCCUGGCCGCCUCUGAGAAUGUCGUGCUCCUGGCCAACAACGAGCACCAGGUCCCUGUCACGCAGGGCAUCGCUGUGAAUGAGCGCGCCAACGAGGCCGAACCUCUCGACAUCGAUUGUCCAAGUGAGCCUGACACUGCGCUCCAGGCAGAAGACCAACCCCUUCUCCGUAAGCACAUUGUCCGUCACUAA